AUGGGCUCUUGGGGCAGCUAUCGCUCGCCAUUCCCUCGUCCCGUGCUUCGGCAUUCCCUCGUCCCGUGCUUCGGCAUUGCCUCGUCCCGUGCUUCGGCAUUGCCUCGUCCCGUGCUUCGGCAUUGCCUCGUCCCGUGCUUUGGCAUUGCCUCGUCCCGUGCUGCGGCAUUGCCUCGUCCCGUGCUUCGGCAUUGCCUCGUCCCGUGCUUCGGCAUUGCCUCCGCUUCGCAGAGUGGGAGUGUCUGCUACGCUUCACGGCAUGGGACUACCUGUGGGUGGGCCUCGCAGCGGCUGCCCUGCUUGACUGUGUCAACACAUACUCUUCCCCCUCCCUUCCGCCCUCUUCCCCCUCCCUUCCGCCCUCUUCCCCCUCCCUUCCGCCCUCUUCCCCCUCCCUUCCGCCCUCUUCCCCCUCCCUUCCGCCCUCUUCCCCCUCCCUUCCGCCCUCUUCCCCCUCCCUUCCGCCCUCUUCCCCCUCCCUUCCGCCCUCUUCCCCCUCCCUUCCGCCCUCUUCCCCUCCCUUCCGCCCUCUUCCCCUCCCCUCUCCCCCAGCGCUUCACGGAGUGGGAGUACCUGUGGGUGGGCCUUGCAGCAGCUCUGCCCUGCGUGCUCGUUCCACCCUUCAUGCUGUGUGCGGCUGAUAAAGGGCGCCCAUGGCACGAGCAGCACUGGGUGAAGGCAAACGUGUGGAUCGCAGUCUUCAGCUUCGUGGGCAACUAUUUCUGGACGCAUUACUUCUACACGCUCCUGGGUGCUUCCUACACGUUUCCUUCCUGGCGCCUCAAUGAUGUGCCCUUUGCACUCUAUCUGCUCACCCACGCCUACUUCUGCUUCUACCACGUCAUCUCCAACAUCACCAUUCGCCGCCUCCGCCACUUCCUCAACACCCCCUCAAGCACUCCGCAACCCGCCUCUGCCAAACACUUUGUGAACUCGAAAUCCUCCUCGGCAAAAUCCAAACCUUCCACUUCCUCCGCCUCCUCCGCGUCUCGCUCGUCGGUGUUCGCCCUAAUCGUGCAAGGAGCAUGGGUGCUCGCUCUCUCGUAUAUCACGGCGUUUAUGGAAACGGCAACCAUUGCAAACUUUGAGUACUACACCUUCGUUGACAAGGCAGCCAUGUAUCGUGUCGGCACGCUCUUUUACGCUCUCUACUUUGUUGUCAGCUUCCCCUUCUUCUUCCGAAUCGACGAGGACACAUCAGACAGCUGGCCUCUCUCCCGGGUAGCAGUGGACUCUCUGGGAGCGUCCAUGCUGGUUACCAUACUCCUCGACAUCUGGCGUCUUGUGAUUGGCCCAAUCACCCAGCUGCCGCAGACCAACACGUGUGCAAGCGGCCUCCCCUGGAUGGGGUAG